AUGCCUGACCAAACCAUCAAGGAGCAUUUCGAUACCAUCGCCACUGCUCUGGAUGCCGCCACAACCAGGGCCGCCGGCUACAGCAAGACAAUUCAGACAUGUAUGAACCAAAACAAGCGGCUCAAGUCAGCUUACAAGAGAACCCGCACCGAGAAGGCGCAGCUCGAAGCAGAGAACCAAACGCUUCGCGCCCAGAACGACAGACUCACGGAGAUCAUCGUCAAGAAUGCCAACAUUCUCAAGAAGGUGCAGGAAGAGAUGAAUGACCUGAAUGUUCGGCUUGCCGGCCCCAUUUUUCGUCUGAGUAUCCGAGACAAACUCAGAGACAAGCUCAGCGAGCUCGACGAGCAGUAUAGGACAAGCCAGUCUGUAAAGCACUUCGAGAGCAUGUAUGGUCCUAGACGUAUCUCUGUUCUUUACCAGGGGAUUGCACGUGAGCUGGAAGGAACCACCACCCAAAUCGCACUCCACAUGCUCAAAGCAUGCAACCAGCGUCCGAAAAGCACCUGUCAUAGAUCCAACUCACAGAUCCAAGAGCGAGAACCCAAGACGCAGCCACCGUCAAAUAAGGACAGCCACGAAAGUCUAACUGCACACAUCGCCAACUUCGAGAAAGAAAACGUAGCUCUCAAGAUCGCAAAUCAGAAGCUCAUAAUCCGCACCGACGAGCUCAAGGAGUGUAUUCGCGCCAAAGAUACGCAAAUCAAAGACUUGCAAGACAGACUCUCUUCGCAGUCGGUGGUUGGUGGACAAGGCGUGAAGACGGUUACACAGAUGGAAGGGGCUGAGAAGAUCUUCCUUACGCUCAAGGCUAAGCACGUUUGA